AUGGCUGGCGAAGAAGAGAUUAUCUCCUACGUUGCUGACUACUUGAAGCGUAACGGCUACAAGAAGGCCGAAACUGCUCUACGCAAGGAGGCCAAAGGAAAAAUCACGGAAGUCGAGGGAAGACUGGAGGACAAAUGGGUAGAGAGCAAAGAGGGCUCUGAGGAAGAUUCUUCUGAGUCCAGCUCCGAGGGCGAAUCCAGCAGUUCAGACUCAGACAGCGACUCGAGCUCGGAUUCUGACGAUGGUUCGAGUUCCAGCAGCGGCUCAAGCUCCAGCUCGGAUUCCGAGUCGGAUGAAGCUUCGGAGAAGGGCUCCGAUGACGAACCGGCUGAGGAAGCUGGCUCCAGCUCUGACUCCAGCCCUGCUGAGGAUUCUGAUUCCAGCUCUGACGGCGAAAGUUCUGACGGUGAAAGUUCUGACUCCAGCUCUGACAGCGAUGGCUCGAGUUCCGACAGUUCUGACGACGAGUCGGGCAAAUCGAGCUCGAGCUCUAGUUCAAGCUCAGGCUCAGACUCCGAUUCUGAUUCUGAUUCUGAUUCUGAUUCUGAUUCUGAUUCAGGUUCUGAUUCAGGUUCAGAUUCUAGUUCGGAUUCUAGCUCUGAUUCAGAUUCAGACUCAGAUUCCGGCUCUAGCUCAGAUUCCAGCUCCGGCUCUAGCUCAGAUUCCAGCUCCGACUCAGACGAGAAGGUCGAGGAGAAAUCAAAGUCCAGCUCGGACUCUGAUAGCUCUAGUUCGGACUCUGACAGCUCCAGUUCUGAUUCAGAGAGCUCUAGCUCCGAUUCUGACAGUUCCGACUCAGACAGCUCCGACUCAGACAGCUCCGGUUCAGAUUCAGACUCGGACAGCUCUGACUCCGACUCGAACAGUUCAGACUCCGACUCAGACGCAGGCUCGAAUGCUGGCUCCGACUCCGAUUCCAGCUCCGAUUCCAGCUCCGAUUCCGACUCCGACAGUGAUUCCGAGUCUGAGAAGACCAAGAAGCGCAAGAAGAAUUUCAGCGAGCCUUCGUCCAAAAGAAGCAAGACUGGAGCAGAGUCUCCGUCGUCGUCUUCCACAGCCUCGCAACCAGACAGUCCUAGUGGAUCUUCCAGAGACUCAAAGUCGCCCAUUCCAGCUCCUACAGAGACCCUGAAGCCCGGCCAGCGCAAGCAUUUCUCGCGCAUUGAGAAAGAAAAGGUUGCGUUCGAGGACACGGUUCUCAUGGAUAACGCAUACAAGGGUGCCGCCGGCACGUGGGGAGAGCAGGCCAACGAGCGACUUGGCAAGGUGCGGGGCAAGGAUUUCACAAAGAACAAGAAUAAAAUGAAGCGCGGCUCCUACCGUGGUGGAUCGAUCACCAUGGCGAGCGGGAGCUAUAAAUUUCAGGAUUAA